CGGCUGAACACGUUUUUGUUUUGUUUUUUGAGUUACUGCGGAACAAAAGCAACUGCUCUCCGUGGGUGUGUGUGGGAUGUCGUGUCAGGGCUAGAGCCCGUCCCUCUCCCAUGAGCCUGUGUGCCCACACACACACCUGGCGCCUCCACACACACACACCCGGCGCCCACACACACACAGACUUGGCACCCGACGCCGUGAGUUGGAUCCUCGGAGCCCAUCAGAGCCCAGCGGAGCCCAGCAGAGCCUAGUGGAGUGGAGGCGAGCACAGUUGGAGCCUGAGGAUGUCAACAGAGACAGAGCUACAACCAGCGGUCAGGCCCAGCAGUGUCAGACGAGACUCCAAAAGGAAAGGGCAGGAUCGCAGUGAGGCGGCUCUCAUCAGGCGUUUUAAGGGUGAUGGCGUCCGCUACAAGGCCAAGCUCAUCGGCUUGGACGAGGUCACCGCUGCCCGUGGAGACAAGCUCUGCCAGGACUCAAUGAUGAAGCUAAAGGGUUUUGCUGCAGCAGCGCGGUCCAAAGGGGAACAUAAACAGAAAGUGUUUCUGACUGUUUCUUUCGGAGGGAUCAAAAUCUUCGAUGAGAAGUCAGGGGUCCUCCAGCACCACCAUGCGGUCCAUGAGAUUUCCUACAUUGCUAAGGACAUCACGGACCACCGAGCCUUUGGCUACAUCUGCGGGAAGGAAGGGAACCACCGCUUUGUAGCCAUUAAGACUGCUCAGUCGGCCGAGCCAGUGAUUCUAGACCUGCGGGACCUGUUCCAGCUCAUCUAUGAGAUUAAACAAAGGGAGGAGAUGGAGAAGAAGGCCCAGAAAGACAAACAGUGUGAACAAGCUGUCUAUCAGACAAUACUGGAAGAGGACCUGGAGGACCCGGUCUACCAGUACAUUGUGUUUGAGGCGGGACACGAGCCCAUCCGCGACCAAUCAGAGGAAAGCAUUUAUCAGGUGCCAACCAGUCAGCAGAAGGAGGGGGUCUAUGACGUCCCAAAGCGACACCCAGUGAGUGACCGAAAUAUCAACCAGUUAGAGCUUUUCGGAGACAUGUCCACACCUCCUGACAUCACCUCUCCAUCGACCCCUGCCUCUCCAGCCAACACCCUUGACCCCUCCCUGGGCCUGCAGCCCCCCACAGAGCUCUUUGCUCCCUUCAACCCUGCUUCUGUGCCCUCAGGUUAUGUGACGAUGGGAGCAGUGCCUCCAGGCCACUGGUCCCAGCAGGCAUUUGCUGCCCAGACACCGCUAGCGUUCGGGGUGCAGUCUCCUCUCGGUCCCAUGGCCCAGGUGCUGCCAGGUGGCCAACCACUCAUCUGGGGCCAGGCCAAUCUCUUCCCUGCCACUCAGCAGCAGUGGGCAGCCAUGGCAGCUGGAGCCUUCACCCCCACAGCCUACCUCCCUGCCCAGCCUGUCGGCACCCUGCCUGCUGCAAUGUUCCAGACUUUAACCCCUGUUGCAACCGUUGCUUCGGCCAGUGAGAGCCAAACAGGGGCUGGAGCCAGUGCCUCAGCUCCCUCCCCCUCAGCAUCAUCGAGUCCGCAGCAUGGAGAGCGGGCAAAGAAGAUGGGCAAGGAGAUGUUCAAGGAUUUUCAGCUGGCAAAGCCCCCAGCCAUGCCGGCGAGGAAGGGUGAACAGCCCAAUCUAGCAGGCACCUCAGAGGCAUUCAGUUCCUACUUCAGCCGAGUGGGUACUGCCCAAGACACAGAUGACUGUGAUGACUUUGACAUUUCGCAGAUGAAUCUGACACCGGUCACUUCCACAACACCCUCCACCAACUCACCGCCCACCCCAGCACCUAGGCAGAGCUCUCCUUCCAAGUCCUCAGCCUCCCACGUCAGUGACCCCCCCACCGAUGCCACAGACCCCCCCACAGAUGACUCAUUUGGGGAGGCUGACGGUAGCCCCAGUCGCAGUGGAGAGGAAGACGCUGCCUGUGGUUCUGGGUCUCCCUGCCCCAGUGAGACAGCUGAGCCCAGCCCAGACCCAGCCAGUCCAGAGGCUGGGAGCUAG